CUGAGUGACAGCAAACUGGAACAGCAGGGCUCACUUAAGUCCACGGACAGCUUGUACGGACCAAAAACAAACAGGCAGCCGAGGUGACGAUGGCUUUCGAGGUUUUCUCGUACGAGAGUUUGGUGCACGCGGUGUCGGGAGCUGUGGGAAGUGUGACUGCAAUGACAGUGUUCUUCCCUCUGGACACUGCCAGACUGCGUCUACAAGUGGAUGAUAACAGGGAAGCCAAAUCAAGUCUGGCUAUUUUAGCCGAAAUCAUCAGCGAGGAAGGACUACUUGCACCCUACAGAGGUUGGUUCCCAGUCAUCUGCAGCCUCUGCUGCUCCAACUUUGUGUACUUCUACUGCUUCAACUACUUCAAAGCCAGCUGGCUGAAAGGAAAACAGUCCACAUCGGCCAACGACUUAAUCUUUGGCAUAGCUGCAGGAGUGAUAAAUGUGCUCGCUACCACCCCACUGUGGGUCGUCAAUACCAGACUGAAGCUUCAGGGCUCCAAUUUUCGUAAUUUAGACAUCCACCCCACCAACUACGCUGGCAUCUUGGAUGCCUUUGUGCAGAUCACCCGAGAUGAGGGUGUGGGAGCACUGUGGAAUGGGACGUUCCCAUCACUGCUGCUGGUGCUGAACCCGGCCAUCCAGUUCAUGAUUUACGAAGGUCUGAAGAGGCAGCUCAGGAGAGGAGUUCCCAGGGAACUGUCGUCAUUGGAGGUCUUCAUGAUCGGUGCUGUUGCCAAAGCUGUUGCCACGACUGUCACAUACCCUCUACAGACCAUACAGUCUAUUCUUCGGUUUGGUCAGUUCAACAGAUCAACAGAGAAAUCAAGGCUGCUGUCCACCCUGAGGACUAUCAAGUGUCUUCUGUCCAGCAGAGCGAGGAAGUAUGGCAUGCUGGGUCUGUUUAAAGGCCUGGAGGCGAAGCUGCUUCAGACCGUGCUCACUGCAGCCCUCAUGUUUCUUCUCUAUGAGAAGAUUGCCAGCUGCACCUUCAAAGUGAUGGGACUGAGCAACAGUCACUACAAGAAACGCUAGUUGAUGAGUCGCUUCACAAACCAUGGACACUAGCUCGCUCACUGAAGCACAGAUGACCUGUUUAUAUUUUACUUUAAGUGUACUUUUUUAAAAAUGAAUUUGUGAUGAGACUUUAAACUUCCCAGGAACUCACUUUCUGUAAAAACUGUGAUGUUAUUACAUAGUGUGACGCUAAUAAAACUUGAACAAGUUGAACAUGUACCACUUACUAUUAGAUUUUGUGUUUGGUGUGUGACAGUUGGGAAAGCCUUAUAAAUCCAAAACAAUCCUCUCAGAAGACAUGCUGUGGUCCCUGCUAUGAUGUUUUCCACACAUCUCACUUCUCUUCAUUAGUUUUAACUCAGAGAACAAAUAAAUAUUCCGCUCAGUCUUCUCAUCAUGGUUCUCAUGUUGCUUUAGUUUUGGUCUGUGAAUGAACUGAUGGAACAAGGGAAGGUCUAAGAGCAACAGAAAGUUAGUCCGUAAGAGACCUCGCAGAAGCUGGUUUAUGUUUAACACAAGGAAAACAAACAAGUUGAGCACGUGUCCUGAAAGACUUUCACAUUUACUACAUAGAAUUGAUGCUAUUAAUCCAAAUGCCUCACUAAAUUUUAAACAGGGGAGGUGGUAUAGACUGACUGUUUGGAU